AUGAGUCCGUGUUCACUUUUUGCACCUCAGAUGUUAGAGUUUCAGCCUGAAGGAUGUGUAAAUAUGGGUACUCGCAGUGCAAAGUUCUUUUUGAUCUUCCUCAUUGCAUUAUGCAAAGGAGCUCCACAACAACCAUAUAACCCACCAGUGCCUAUUGUUGCGCAGUCACAAGACGGACCAAAUCCAGAUGGCUCCUAUCAAUCUAGUUACCAAACAGGAGAUGGAAUUUCAGCUCAGGAAAGAGGUUAUCUCAAAAACCCUGGGACUGAAGGAGAAUCUCAAGUUGCAGAAGGAGGUUAUUCUUACACUGCCCCUGAUGGCCAAGUGAUCUCAGUUCAAUACUUAGCAGAUGAUGGUGGAUUCCAGCCACAAGGAGCUCAUUUCCCAACACCACCACCAAUUCCUCCAGAGAUCCUGAAGGUACUUGAAAUCAUCAGAUCACAACCACAGCAAGACUAUGAUGAAAGGGGAUUCCCUAUUGGUGCUCCAAGGCAAGGAUAGAACAAACCAAUACAAAUAUACAUCUUAAAUAUUUCUGUACAUAAACAUUAGAAUAUACAUGAUUUUUUUUUUUUUACAUUAGUAUGCUUUCAU